AUGUCAGGCAUGCUUAUCCCACAGCAUCUUAUGUCUGGAAGCAACAGCAAUGAGUUACUUCUGAACCUUAGUGCUUAACUUCAGCUACUACAGCUGCAGGGCCCAUUUAAUGCAUGGAUUCCUCCUUUCUCUGGCAUUCUACAAAGCAGCAUGCAAGCUCAAAUGCCAGGACUCUCCCAAUUUUUGACACUAGACCACCUUACUGCACUGUUCCCAAAUCAGAUGCCUCUCCUAGGACAGAUCAAUUUUGUCCAAUCCCAAGUGGGACAGCUGAACCCCUCAAAGAUUCAAACACCUCCACAGACCCAGCUGGGCCUUAAUCACAUUUAUCUAAAAUUCUUAUAUAAAGUCCAAGAUGCUCCUUUAAAAAAGCCUGUAAUUUCGCUGAACUUACUGCUUCCAAAAUAUGUUGGACCAAGCAACCCUGAAACAAGUUCCAGUAUCCUGUUUCUACCAGGAGGACAGCAGCAACUAGCCUCUGAUCCUUUCAUAGUCACAGCUCUGGAAACUGCCGUGAAGCCAUCAGGAGGAAUGACACCAUAUUUACAAAAAGAAAUGAUAAACUUUACACAUACCAGCGGAGGGAUUUUUAUUCCUUCAACUUCACAAAAACCCAGCACAAUACUUUUUUCUUUUGCUAUAGACCCAACUACUACCCCAGAGCUCAUGGAAGAGAAAGCCAAGACUAACAGCCUAAAGGAACCAUAA